CCCAAGCUCUCACUCUGAAGCUAUGGCGUCGACGCUUUCCCCGGGCGUGGCACUCUCCUCUUUUGGCGGGCUCGGCAUCGCGAGGCUCCGCCCCCCUGGACCGGGCUCUCUGCAUUCGCGGAGGCGGGCGCUGCAUUCCUAUUGGUAGAGCGGGUCCGCCGAGGCCCCGCCCCCUCCCGGGCCCGACGCGAGCACGUUGGGUAGCCGGGACCGGUUGAAAAGCCGCCCCAAUCCGGAGCGGCUCCCGGGGCGAGAGGCACGCUCGGGGCCGCGGUGGCGGUUAGGCGGCGUCUCUGCGGCUGGCGUGCGGCCCCCGGGGGCGGAGGGGCCGGGUGGGCCGAGACCACGGCGGCCUGGCCCGCCGCCCUUCCCCCGUACGCCCGUCGACCUUGUGGGCGGAAGCUCCCUGGAGCGCCUCACGCCCGCGCGAUGGCGACUGCCGCGGAGAAGGAGGCCCCUUCGACGGACGCGAGCUGGGAAAGCGGUGGCGGCGGCAGAGACGACGGGAUGAAGCCAGCGCUUCCGGAGCUUGAGUCCUCCCUACAAAAUGGCGGCGGCGGCGGCAGCGGCGCGGGGCCUGAGGAGACCGCGGCAGCUGAAGCCGCCCGGAGCCACGGCCACGAGCAGCCUCAGCAAACCUCCGAGGCGGCCGCGGCUUCUCUGCCCAAAGGCGCCGAAGAGCCGGAAAGGCCUUUUAGGCGGAGUUUUCAGAUCCCCAGGAAGAGCAGAGAAAAGAAAGCUCUUUUCCAGCCAUUAACUCCAGGCUCUCGAGAAUUUGAAGAUGUUUUAAAUAUUCUCCAUUCAUCUUACCUUGAACCAUCCUCAGUAACAAAUUUUAACUAUAGACGAGCUUGCUUGAUACAUAAUGAACUUUUGGAAAAAGAGUUUACAGAAAAGAGAAGAGAAUUGAAGUUUGAUGGUCGUUUAGAUAAGGAACUUUCAGAGUCUUAUGCAUUCCUCAUGGUUGAUCGGUACCAGGUUCAGAGCAUAUGUGAAAAAGGAUUGCAGGUGGGCCAGUCCAGAAUAACAGUUCUUGGCAGUCCUUCCAUGGGUAUCUAUCUUUGUAGGUAUGCAGACCUCUUACAGGCUAAUCCUUUGGAAGCUGGGGCAGUAGGCGAUGUUGUUAUUUUUAAAAUAAUGAAGGGUAAAAUAAAGAGUAUUUAUGAUCCUCUCAGUGUAAAAAGCUUGGAAUCCGUGUUAAGUAAAAAUGCUUUGGACCCUACACCAAAACAUGAAUGUCAUGUGUCUAAAAAUGCUGGUAGAAUUACAUCCCUCUUGGCAUAUAGAGCCUAUGAGCUUACUCAGUAUUAUUUUUAUGAGUAUGGCUUUGAUGAAGUAAGACGAAGACCAAGACAUGUUUGUCCAUAUGCAGUUGUGUCUUUUACUUACAAAGAUGAUGUGCAAACUACAAAGUUUGUGUCUUCAUUGAGAUCUAACAGCUUUAAUGCAGAUAGAAACAUAGAUAAGUUUAACUAUACCUUGUGGAAAGGACAACUUUUAAAUAAAGGAAAGCUUCUGUGUUCUAUUUCUUUGAGGUCCACCAAUCGUGCCUUUUUACCUGUCAAGCUUCCUGAGAAGCUGGAUGUUGAAACAGUUAUGAGUAUUGAUUGUUUGAAACAGAAAAUUCCUCCUUCAUUCUUUUAUAAAGACACAUAUGUGGGUCCUAAUGAAGUUUUAAAGAAUGGAAUGUAUUGUAGCCUUUAUGAAGUUGUAGAAAAGACAAGAAUUGGAAGUAACAUGGAAUGUUUACUGCAAAAACUGGAGAAAGAAAAACUUGUCCUUGUUAAACCUUUAGGAGACCGAGGGUACCUCUUCCUUCUUUCUCCUUUCCAGAUGGUUUCUCCAUAUGAACAUCAGACUGUCAAGUCACGAAUCCUACAUGCUUUAUUUCUGUUUCAAGAACCUAGAUGCCUAAUUAUCACACAAAAAGGUAUAACAAAUACAACACCACUGGAGAGGCCUGAGAACUUUCCAGAUAUAUUAAAAAUAACUCAGUUUUUACAGUUUUCUCUGAUUCAAUGUAGAAAAGAAUUCAAAACUAUAAACACUAUAAAUUUUCAUUCUGUUGUUGAAAAGUAUGUAAAUGAAUUUUUUAAGCGAGGUUUUGGUUCGGGUAAGCGAGAAUUUUUUAUGUUUUCAUAUGAUUCACGAUUAGAUGAUAGAAAAUUCCUAUACUCAGCACCAAGAAAUAAAUCCCAUAUUGAUGACUGCUUACAUACCUACAUUUAUCAGCCAGAAAUGUAUCAGUUACCUAUUUUUAAAUUAAAAGAGUUAUUUGAGGAAAAUUGGAGACGUCAGCAGUUUAGUCCACUGUCAGAUUAUGAAGGUCAAGAAGAAGAACUGAAUGGUUCAAAAAUGAAAUUUGGAAAACGGAAUAAUUCAAGGGAUGAAACUACUGAACCUGAACAGCAGAAGUCGUCUCAUUCUUUGGAUUAUGAUAAAGAUAGAGUCAAAGAAUUGAUUAAUUUAAUUCAAUGUACAAAAAAAAAUGUGGGUGGGGAUCCAGACCCAGAAGAUACAAAAAGUAAAAAUGUCUUGAAGAGGAAGCUUGAAGAUCUACCUGAAAAUAUGAGAAAGUUUGCCAAAACAAGUAAUUCAAGUGAAAGUUGCCAUCUAUAUGAAGAAUCUCCACAGUCCAUUGGCUUAGUUGGACACGAUCCUAACUUGAGACUGCAGCAGGAAGAUUCAGGGAACACUGGAGACAUCCACAAGCUUUAUAAUUGGCUCUCAGAAGCACUAGCAAAUGCACGACACUCAGAUGGAUUCCUGACAGAGACAGUCAACAAGGCCUUAGGAUUGAGUAGCAGUGGUACCUAUGAAGAGCUAAAGCAAAAAUGUGAUUAUGAGUUGAACUCUACUUAUAAAAAAGAAUCUGAGCAGCCUGCUUGUACAAAAAUUGAAAAUGUGCAUUUUAAGGAUGCUCAGAGCCCAUUGCUAGAAGUCGAUGCAGCAUCUGUAAAGUAUCCUACUCUUCUAUCUAGCAGUGAGGAUCCGAAUUUAAUUAAUGUCAAUAAUUUUGAAGAGUGCAGCCUCUGUCCUACUGUUUCUAUUGAGCAUGGAUUCCUUAGACAACAUUCUAAGUCAAACGAUGAGGAAGAGACAGAAAUACAUUGGAAAUUGAUUCCAAUUACAGGAGGGAAUGCAGGAAGCCCAGAAGACCAGCAUGGGAAACAUGGUGAGAAACAAACACCAGGAAUGAAGUCACCAGGAGAACAACUGGUGUGCCUGCCACCAGCGGAGGCCUUUCCUAAUGAUCCCCGGGUCAUCAAUAGAGAAAGAAGCUGUGAUUACCAGUUCCCAUCCUCUCCAUCUACAGACACUCUAAAAGGCACUACCAAGGAGGACUCUGUAGCAGGUCAGGCGAUGACAGUGGAAGAACAGUGUGUGCCCGCAGCAGAGCUUCCUAUAGUGAGCGAGACUACAGAGAAUACAGUGUUAGGAGAGUUCCAUCUCUUCUCUAGAAAGAUAGAAGAGAUUUUGAAGCAGAAGAAUGUUUCAUAUGUUAGUACAAUUUCCACACCUAUCUUUUCAGCACAAGAGAAGAUGAAUCGCCUUUCUGAGUUCAUAUAUUCUAAGACUUCUAAAGCUGGUGUUCAGGAAUUUGUAGAUGGUUUGCAUGAAAAACUAAAUACUAUUAUUAUUAAAGCAUCAGCUAAGGGUGUGAAUUUGCCACCAGUAGUAAGUGCUAAUCAUUCUCAUACUGCAACAGCAUUGACUUCUCUGGGAAGGCAUGUUGUAUCAAUUUCCUCAAGUGACUUAAGUGGUAAAGACCUUUUUGAACCGCUCUGUUCUGAACAUUUAAAAGAUAACUCUAAUGAACAGUAUUCCUCUUCAGUGGAAGUAGAAAUGAAUCAGCUGCACCACUGCAAAGAGUUAAUGUUGACUUCUGAUCACACUGUACCUGGUGAUACUGUCCUGGAACCCACAGAAAAAGAAAUAACAAAAUCACCCAGUGGUAUAACCAUUUCUGCACAACCAGCACUUUCAAAUUUUAUAAGCCAGUUAGAACCUGAAGUAUUUAAUAGUUUGGUUAAAAUCAUGAAAGACGUCCAGAAAAAUACUGUGAAGUUUUACAUUCACGAAGAAGAGGAGAGUGUGCUUUGCAAAGAAAUAAAGGAUUAUCUUACCAAAUUAGGAAAUACAGAAUGUCAUCCGGAUCAGUUUUUGGAGAGGAGAUCAAACUUGGAUAAACUAUUGAUUAUUAUUCAAAAUGAAGACAUUGCAGAUUUCAUUCACAAGGUACCUGGCUUAGUGACUUUAAAGAAGCUUCCAUGUGUUAGUUUUGCUGGUGUUGAUAGCCUGGAUGAUGUUAAAAAUCAUACAUACAACGAGUUAUUUGUAUCUGGUGGCUUUAUUGUGUCUGAUGAAUCAAUUCUAAAUCUAGAGGUUGUCACAAUUGAGAGCCUUAAAAUUUUUUUGACAUUCCUUGAAGAACUGAGUACUCCAGAAGGGAAAUGGCAAUGGAAAAUCCACUGUAAAUUCCAGAAGAAACUAAAGGAACUGGGCAGAAUGAACACAAAAGCUCUGAGUCUGCUGACUCUUCUGAAUGUGUAUCAGAAGAAACAUCUGGUUGAGAUUUUGUCUUACCACAGUUGUGACUCACAAACUCGAAAUGCUCCAGAAAUGGACUGCCUUAUUAGGCUUCAGGCUCAGAACAUACAGCAACGACACAUAGUCUUUCUAACAGAGAAGAAUAUCAAGAUGGUUUCCAGUUAUACAGAUAAUGGAAUUGUAGUUGCAACUACUGAAGACUUUAUGCAAAACUUUACAAGUCUUGUGGGCUAUCACAACUCAGUUACAGAAGAGAAUCUUCCGCCACUGCAUGGUGCUAAUGAGAAUCUUGAGUCACAGUCAGAUGCUGUUUUGACAUUAACCCCUUUGGAGCUGGGAGUUGGGAUUUCCCAACAUUAAACGUGAACACAUUUCGCAGAAGCUUUUAGCAUCGGAUUAUCUGGACACUCACACCUAGUGUGAGUGUUGUGACUAAGUGACCUUGUGGCAGAAGACCAAGCUUUAAGGGAUUGUGGACUUUGCAGAUCCUGACGCACUAUAUUGUGUGAGUAGUGUAUAAUUAAUAACUAAACAAAUUGUGUAUUACAAUAGAGAAGGGCUUUUUGUUUUUUAAAUGUAGCUCUUUUAGAAAACGGUGAAAAGGAUGAAGAGGAUAUGUCUCUGGAUUCAGGGGAUGAAAUCUCACAUAUAGAAGUAUUCAGCAAUGUUCAUUCAGAAAUAUUGGCGGGAGAAACCAAAGGAUCAAGUGGAACAGAUCAAAAAAAGAAUAUUCAAAUUGAAUUGCAGUCAUCUCUUGAUGUGCAAAACAGUUUAUUAGAAGAUAAGACUUAUUUAAUUGAUUGUGAAGAGAGAGCUCCUAUUGCUAGAGUAUGCUCUGAAGGAGAGAACAGCAAUUCAGCAGAACAAGAUUCCUAUAGCGACUUUCAGGCUGACCAAAAUCAAUUAAAAAUGUCCCAUCAGUUUAGUCAUUUUAAUGUUCUCACGCACCAGACGUUUCUGGGGACACCAUAUGCCCUUUCAUCAACUCAGUCUCAAGAAAAUGAAAAUUACUUUUUAUCUGCUUACAAAAACUUGGAUACAGAGAAAUCUCCAUUAAGUUAAGGAUGUGUUCAAGGAGAAAUUACAGUAAUUAAAAAAUAGGUUGUUGUGGACAUUUUUCAGUUUCUUAAAAGUGAAUUGAUGAUUUAUAAACAAGUUUCUUGACCUUUCUGAAAUUUUUUCCUUUCCUGUUUAUUUAAAUAAUGAUGGCCUAUAACAUUUGAAGCAUCUGAAAAUUGAAAAAAAAUUUUUUGACAUAUUGUAAUCAUAUUAUCUCAUGUUAGCACCUUUCAGUUUUACAUUUGUUACCUGUACUUGGGCUUCAAAUUGAAGUCUGUUUUAUAUGUAAAAUUUGAUGUUUAUAAAAGAAUGGUAAAUAGUAAUGACUUUCUUUAAUGUCAGAUGACAACUAAUUUUGCUGAAAUGUCAACUAUUUAUUUUGAUUAAAGCUUUUGUAUAGUGUUUUUACACAGGUAUAAGCCAGCAGUGUAAAUAUUUAUAGGAUUUUGGCUCAGUACCUCAAGCUAUAUGUAACAGUACAGUUGAAUUCUAGGUAGUAAGUCUAUUGUACAGAAUACCAAGUAGCAUUUUCUCAGUCUUUAGGUUUAGCUGUGAAAACAUUUGCUUCAUUUGAAUUUUGGUUAACUUUUUGAGAUCUCUUUGAUAAAUAGUAUUUUGUGUGAUCCUUUAGUUAAAUGAACUUUUUAAAAUGAGGCUUCUGCUUUCAAUAGUAUUGGAUAAUUUGGAACAGAUCUUGAAGUUUUAAUUAGAACUUGAUGUUACACUAAAUGUGGAGAUACAUUUUUUUUUUUAAAGAUUUAUUUAUUAUAUGUAAGUACACUGUAGCUGUCUUCAGACACUCCAGA